AUGGUCCAACACAUGAGACCCUUGUAUAUCACAGCCAAUGUGAGCGGCACCAAAGUUAGCAAGAUCAUGGUUGACACCGGCGCGGCUGUUAAUGUCAUCACUACCAGAACCAUGCACUUGCUCGGAAUCAAGAGAGAGAAGAUCCAGUCUACAUCCCUUACACUUAAGAACUUCGCAGGGACCGUAACAAAAACCUUGGGACUUCUUUUCCUGCGCAUCAAGGUUGGCCCAGCUGAGGGGGUUUAUGCUUUCUUUGUAACAGAUUGUUAUGCGGCCUACAGUGCAAUUCUGGGCCGAGAUUGGAUCCAUAGGAGUUAUUGUGUUCCGUCGACUCUUCAUCAGGAGCUCGUAAUGUGGAACCGGAAGACUGAUAAAGCGGAGGUGAUUAAAGCAGAUCCUCGUCCAUUCCCCGUUUCCGCAAACUAUGUAGAUGCCAGGUACUAUUUGGAGCCCAUCACUCCAUUACAAGAACAAGAUGCUGAGGUCGAUGUUCAGCUCGCCCCAGCGGCGCUGGAUGACACACCUCCUAAGGUCAAAGAUCCUACCGAGAAAAUUAAUCUUGGAACAGCAGAUGAACCCAUGGAAGUGGCCAUCAGCGCUUACUUGGAGCCUAGCGAGAAACAGGGGCUCAUUGAGUUAUUACAUGAAUUCAAAGACUGCUUCACGGAAAAGUAUGAGGAUAUGCCAGUGGUGAAGUCUCAGAGGAAGGGUGACCACAUCACCGAUCUCAGGAAGGUGUUUGAGCGCAUACGACAACACAAGCUCAAGAUGAAUCCAGCUAAAUGCGUUUUUGGGGUUCGAGCGGGAGAUUUUCUAGGGUUCAUUGUUCACCAGAGAGGCAUCGAAGUCCCUGAAGACAAAGCGAGCGCGGUCAUCAAUGCUACCGCCCCACGAACAAAAAAGGAGUUACAACGCUUGCUGGGUAAAAUCCAGCCCUUCUCCCCAUUGCUGAAACUACAGGGACAGGCUGAGUUCGUGUGGGAGCCUAAACAUCAAGAGGCUUUCGACAGAAUCAAGACCUACCUCGCGAGUCCGCCUGUCCUAGUUCCACCUAGGGCUGGAAUUCCGCUGAAGUUAUACAUUUCAGCAACUGAGGCUUCCAUUGGCAGCCUACUCGCUCAGGAUGAUGAAGGAGGUAUCGAGCAUGCUAUAUUUUACCUCAGCCAGACACUGACAGAUUGUGAGACGAGCGUGCAAGUUGCGACACUACAUGUUAUCCUUUACUACCUGCAUCAUCGCUCAAACGGAUCUAGUCAAAUACAUGUUAUCGCGGCCUAUUUUGAGAGGCCGCAUUGGCAAGUGGGUCCUCGCCCUUUCAGAAUUUCGCUACAAUACGUCCCACAGAAAGCCGUUAAGGGGCAGGCCAUUGCAGAUUUUCUGGCACAUCAUCUUACGUUGGAGAUACCCACGGCAAAGGAGUUGGAAAUAGCAACCGAAACAUUGGCCGGAGCAGGGAUUGUUUUGGAAAAUCCAACUGGCGAUCGUUUCUCUUACUCUUUCCAAUUAGAAUUCAAAUGCACGAACAAUCAGGCCGAGUACGAAGCUCUUAUUAUCGGGCUCGAAGUCUUACUAGAAAUGGGUGUAAGAGACGUUCAGAUCCGCGGCGAUUCUCAGCUCGUCAUAAACCAGCUUCAAAACGUAUAUCGAUGUGCAAGUUGGCUGCUAAUGCCAUAUUUGAAUCGUGCCAUUGAGCUUCUGGAUCAGUUUACUGAUGUCGAUUUGGAGCAUAUUCCCCGCGAGCGCAAUUUCGCUGCCAAUGAGCUCGCUCAGCUGGCCACGGGCAUUACAUUGAAGUAUGGAGUUCGCGAGCGUCUUCUGAAGGUUGAGCGUCGCACACUGCCCUCAUGGCUCGCACGGCCUGAUUCGCCAGAUGAUCCAGUGGUCGCGGUGCUAGAACCUAUAGAUGUCGAUUGGCGCAUCCCACUGGUUGCUUACCUCAAGCGCCCAGACCCCACAGCUGACAGAAAGAUUCGCUUUCUCGCUUUAAAUUAUCUCCUCAGGGGCGACGAGUUGCGACGCCGUGGGGAAGAUGGCAUGGACUUUCGGUGUGUCUAUGGUCGCGAAGCUAAACGAUUAAUGCGUGAAGCGCACACAGGGAUAUGUGGGGCUCAUCAGGCGGGACCCAAGAUGCGAUGGCUUAUUAGGCGACAUGGUUAUUACUGGCCCAGCAUUCUAAAGGAUUGUAUUGCAUUCGCCAAAGGAUGCGAAGAUUGUCAAGCACAUGGUCCAGUCCAGCAUGUUCCUAACAUUCCUAUGCAACCUAUCAUCAAGCCUUGGCCUGCGCGAGGAUGGGCACUAGACUUGAUUGGAAUGAUCCAUCCCCACUCGUCUCUCCAACAUAAGUUCAUCAUCGUCGCCACUGACUUCUUCACCAAAUGGGUUGAAGCGGAGCCAUUAAAGGAGGCCUCCGGCUGCACCAUUCGCCAGUUUAUUUUUCGUAACAUUCUCUGCAGGUUUGGUGUCCCUGAGGUGCUCGUUUCAGACCGGGGGGGGCAGCGUUCAUGGGAGGUCCCGUCGAGCAACUAG